GAUGUGGUACAAGGUUAAUUUUUGGAGUAAACACAAGUAAAAUGUUCUUUCUAAAAUAUCGCCCGAAAUCGGUGAUGUAUCCCUUUGGAAUUUGCCAAAAACGGCCUCUUUAAUAUUCCGUCUGAAUCGGUGUUAAAUAGAUUUAUUCAUCCCUAAAGAAUAGCCUCAGCCUGAAUCCGUGAUUUGCGACAUUGAAAAUCCAUGAAAAACAGCCUUUCGAAAAAAUCACCAAAAAAAUUACCUAAAUGCCCUCCGAAAAAGUAAGACAAUUUUUUAGCCCAAAUCAGCGAUUAGUAGACUUCAUCGUUGGUGGAGAGUACCCUAAUGACGAAUCAGUGAGCCGUUGCCUUCAAAAUCAAAGGAAAAUGACUUUCUAUAAAAUCUCCCGAAAUCGGGGAUGGUACCCCUUUGGAAUCUCCCAAAAAUGGUCCCGGAAAAUUUCUGCCCGAAACUGUGUUUAAUAGACUUAUUCAUCCCUAAAGAAUAGCCUCGGCCUGAACCCGUGAUCUGCAGCAUUCAAAAUCCAUGGAAAACAUCUUGUCGAAAAAUCUCCAAAAAAUUACCAAAAUGCACUCCGAAAAAGUUAGAGCAAAUUUAUGCCUAAAUCGGCGAUUAGUAGACUUCAUCAUUGGUGGAGAGUACCCUAAGGAUGAAUAUGUGAUUCGUCGCCUUUAAAAUCCAAGGGAAAUGGCCUUUACAAACAAUCGCCUGAAAUCGGUGAUGGUACCCACUUUGGAAUGGCCUAAAACGGUGUUUAAUAGACUUAUUCAUCCCUAAAGAAUAGCCUCAGCCUAAAUCUGUGAUCUGCAGCCUUCAAAAUCCUUGGAAAAGGGACUUUUGAAAAAAUCGCACGAAAUCGAUGAUGGUGCCCCUUUGGAAUCUGCCAAAAAUUGCCCUGGACAUAUUCCGCCCGAAACGGGGUUUAAUAGACUUAUUCAUCCCUAAAGAAUAGCCUUAGCCUAAAUCUGUGAUCUGCAGCCUUCAAAAUCUAUGGAAAACAGACUUUUGAAAAAAUCGCACGAAAUCGGUGAUGGCACCCUUUUAGAACAUGCCAAAGAUUGGCCCGGAAAUAUUCCCCCCGAAACAGUGUUUAAUAGACUUAUUCAUCUCUAAAGAAUAGCAUAGCCUGAAUCCGUGAUCUGCAGCCCUCAGAAUCAAUGGAAAACGGCCUUACGAAAAAAUCGUCGAAUCGGUGAUGGUACCCAUUUGGAAUAUGCUAAUAAAGGCCCUGAAAAUAUUCCGCCCGAAACGGUGUUUAAUAGACUUAUUCAUCCAAAAACGAAAAAAUCGCCGGAAUCGGUGAUGGUACCCAUUUGGAAUAUGCAAAUAAAGGCCCUGGAAAUAAUCCGCCCGAAACGGUGUUUAAUAGACUUAUUCAUCCAAAAAGAAUAAGCUCAGCCUGAAUCCGUGAUUAGCAGCCUUCAAAAUCAAAGGAAAACAUCCUUUUGAAAAAAUCAUCGAAAAAUUUCCAAAGUGCCCUCCGAAAAAGUUCAACCAAAUUUCAGCAUAAAUCGGCGAUUAGUAUAUUUCAUCAUUGGUGGAGAGUACCGUAAGGACGAAUCAGUGCACCGUCGUAUUCAAAAUCAAAGGAAAAUGCCUUUCCAAAAAAUCGUUUGAAAUCGGUGAUGGUACCCUUUGGAAUCUGCCAAAAAAGCCCACGGAAAUAUUCCGCCUGAAACGGUGUUUAAUAGACUUAUUCAUCCCUAAAGAAUAGCCUCAACCUGAAUCCGUGAUCUGCAGCCUUCAAAAUCCAUUGGAAACAGUCUUUUGAAAAAAUCAUCGUAAAAUUACCAAAAUGUCCUCCAAAAAAGUCCGACCAAAUUUUAGCCCAAAUCGGCGAUUAGUAGACUUCAUCAUGGGUAGAGAGUACUGAUAGACCGUUAGUUACACAUGUUUUCACCCCUGUUCUUACACCGUUUGAGAGGUGGUUUCUCGUGUUUUAGACCGAUUUCACGCUAGGUUGUGCUUGUUUGUGAUAUUUCAGGUCCUGGCAAGUGAAUGAAGGUUUAGGAGCGAGUUCGGGGUCGAUUGGGUGAAGAUCGGGUGCGAGACAAGUCACAAAGGAGGUCACACGGGCUGCCCUGAUGAUCACACGGCCGUGUGAAGGAGUAGUCUGGCCGUGCGAGUUUCGCCGAGAGCAAACACGGGCAGAGCUGGACAUCCACACGGCCGUGCAAGAGGCCAGUCUGGCCGUGUGGAAUUCUGCGUGAGCAAACAUGGGCAAAAAGGAAGUUCACACGGCCGUGCCACUCUGGCAGUGCAAAGAGCCUGGAAUUCGAACUAAUUGGAACGCAACGUUUUGACGCACACGGGCAACUGGGUAAGCCACACGGCCGUGCCACCCUGCCCGUGUGAGUCGGGAUUUUCUGCUUAAAACCCGAUUUUCAGCCAAAGGAGAAGAGGAGAGCUGGGUUUUGGAUCCCAAACACCCAAGGGACGAACCAAAGAGAGAGAGGGCGAUUUGAGGGCAUUCUUGGAGUGGAGUUGGAGGAUUUCUUCGCCUUGGAAGCUCGAGGAACAAGCCCGGACUUGAAGACUGAUCAUCUGAAGAUUCUUACUGCAGUCUCUCUCUUCUCUAUGGAGUAACUUCCCUUCACUUAGGUUUUGAGGAACCCUAGCUAUGUUUGUUUGAUUGGAUGAUUGUAUGAUUACUCUGACUUGAUAAUCUUGAGUUCAUAUUCAAUCUAUGCAUGUUUUCAUGAUUCAAUUCUGCUUUAGUCAAGAUUAUUGAUUCUGCUUUGAUCCUAUGAGAGGGAAUACCUGAUUAGGUCAAUAGAGCACCAUAGAUUGAUAGUAGUGGAUCGAUUGCUUUAGUCGAGGGUUGAUUCACUGCUUUGUAUCGAUUGAGAACCUCUUUCGAUAGAGGGAGUCUAGUUCAGAACGCCUUGAUAAGUUGUUCUAGAGAAGGAUACGUCCCUCUAGGCAAUUGACUCAAGAGGGCCUUGUUCCUUUAGUCGAGACUCAAGGUCUAGUCAAGGAUUCUCCGCAUUGUGAAUGAAAGUGAAACAAGUUAGAAAUCAUCAAUCGUUAGUCUGGCUAGUGGCUAGGGGGAAUCAUACCUAAGUGGGUUCCCAACCUGUAAUUAGAUUAACUUUAACUGUAGUUUGCUAGAGUAGUUUUAGUUCUUUCAUCUUGAUAUGGUUUGCUAAAUAAUAAACUGAAGCUGAGUAAUAGUAACUCUAGAGACCCGUGGAUUCGAUAUUUAUCACUUGAGCCACUAUACUGCAGUCCCUUCCAUUGGUUACACUUGGCCAUUGUUAGGUGUUGUGUCAUAGCGAGUCAAGUUUUUGGCGCCGUUGCCGGGGACUUUCUAGAGUAUUAGGAAAGGCAGAAGUUUGUUACUUUAGCGUUUUCGUUUCUUUUCUUUUCCACCCUUGCUUUUCACUUGGGUGUUUUUGUUGGUGCAGAUCUGAAUCAUGGAUCCUAAUGGCUUCUCCAAUCAUUGGGGGUAUCCACCACCAUCUGGUUGGUAUUACCCCGAGACUCCGUGGAGCAAUCAAGGCGGAGAAGACUAUGGAUUUGGGUUCCAGUACCAACCCCCUUACUACGGAGAACAACCGGAUCCCUGGGCAUAUCAAGAACAACCUCAUUACCAAGAAGAAUUUUUCCCACAACCAGAGGGGCCAUUGGAGCUGGAGUUACCCAUGGCGGCCUUCACGGGCCAUUCUGCAGAGCCAUGCUACACUCCACAGCCAGAUCCACACUAUGAAUUGAGACUUCUCAUGGAGCAGUUUGCUCGAGACUGUGAUAGAACAUGCUCCAGGAUGGAUCAUUGUGUCCAGGCCUAUCGUGAAACAGAGGAGAUCCUCCUGAGCCUUAAGAAGAGCGUCGAUGAUCUUGAGCGAUCUUGGGCACAGCCUGCUCCAGAUCACCCUUCUGCUACCAUACAAGAAGAGGAGGAGGAAGAAGAAGGCUACAAGGACAUUGUGGAGCACACUGAAGUUGUCACGGAGAGCUCCCGUGAUGAUCAUGAUCAGGAGUGUCCUGUCGUAGCCGACCACACCUUCCCACACCCCAAACUGCGCUUUGAAGAGGCGGGCAUGAGUGAGGAGUUGCAAGAAGAUCUCAUGAAAGAAAUUGCUUGGCAACUUGCUCUCCAAUCCGUGCUAGAAGAAGAAGAGCAACAAAGGGUGCAGAAAGAAGUUGUGGAGGAUGACGAAAGUGAAGCAGGAGGAGUUCUUGAUCAUUUCCCAGGGGUGAUACCACAUGAAGAAGAAAGGGGGGUUGAAGAAGCAAUUGGCGUCCAGGCUGAGGAUGAAGUUGAGGUGGAAGAGGCAUGCACCGGCCAUGAGUUACAUGUGAUAUCUCCACCAAACUUCGAGGAACUGCUUAGCAAGGACCCAUUUGCAGUGUCUCUUUGCCAGACCAAGGCCACCUCGACAUCGGUCCCUCUUGGUGGACGCGAUGGUGGCCAAUCGAUGCUGUCAUAUCUGGUUUGGGGCAAUGAGACGAGAGAAGAGAAGGAGAGGUCUCGAGGGUGGAGACUUCAUCUGCAUCAAGUACAUGAGCCUUCAUCACCUGCCACACCACAUGCUCAUGACUUGAGACUCCACCUCAUCGACGAGAACCUCAACUUCAAGGAGGUUCUAGCAUGGACCGAAACUUAGGAGCCAUCGUCCGGCUCACGACGUGAAAGAAGCACUUGUUGGGAGGCAACCCAACCAGUCGGUUUGCAUUUCUUUCUCUAUUUCUCCUCGGUUGAGUCAGUUUGCUAUUUGAUUUUAGAGUCAAUAACUCAACCUUUGUGAGAUUUUGUGUGGUGUUUGUGUUCUGAUUACUCUCUUUCUGGAUGGCACCGCCUGACCCGUUCAUCAUCAUUCACCCUUGAUCUGGUAACUUCGUUCUACCCUCCUUAUCUUUCCUCCGUUGAGGACAAUGUCGUGCUUAAGUGUGGGGGGAUGUUCGAUUAUGUAUGCGGGUGAAUGUUUGGUUGUUUGUGUGCUUGGAGCCUAGUCCACUGUCCAAAUUUUUAAAUUUGAGGGCUCCAAGUACGUGUUUCCUUGCAAUUGCCUGCUCAGUAUGCUUUGAAUUGACAGUCUUUAUAGUGAUAUGCAACCUAGGGAGGUAGUGUAGCACUAUGGAGGAUGUUGAUGCAUUUAAGAAGUCUCAUUUCUUCUUCAUAUUGAGUUGGUUGAUUGAGUGAAUUAGUGAUCUUAGGACCCUUGAAUUGUGUGGUGUUGUGGAUUCUCUGCCUGUCAUGGACUCUUGUAUCAUGUUUUGAAAAUAACAGGUGCUCGAAAAUGUGCUUCAAAAUAAACGUCUCCCGUGCGAAUAGGGCGAAAGUGUGUAAGGGGAGACGGGAAUUCGUUCCCAAGUUCCACCUACUACCUCCAGCCCCCUUACAUGUCUUUCCCCCGCACGAGGCUCGAGACAUCCGCUCCUGGCAUGGCCGGUAAGAGCAGGUUGGGACCCUUGAAAAAGAAAAAAGAAAAGAAAAAUAACAGAAAACAAGCAUAAUAGAAAGAAAAGGGGUUCCAACCAUCCUUAAGCAGAAAAUAGAGCACCUUGAAAAAUGUGAGUCCAUGAUCUGUUGUUUUUGAGAAUCUCUUCAUCCACAAUUCAUUUGUCCUCUGUUCACUAUUUGCCAUGAUGCCGACUCGCCGAAGAAGUUAUGAGAUGACUUGUGCGUUGGUUGACCUCGUAAGUUGCUAAAUGAUCUAGGAAGUCCUCUACCUACGAUCUGGGUUGUUUGUUGCUAUAGAGGUCUGGAGAGUUGCAUUGGUUUGAGUUAGGUUUGCUUGGGGACAAGCAAACGGUUAAGUGUGGGGGAGUUUGAUAGACCGUUAGUUACACAUGUUUUCACCCCUGUUCUUACACCGUUUGAGAGGUGGUUUCUCGUGUUUUAGACCGAUUUCACGCUAGGUUGUGCUUGUUUGUGAUAUUUCAGGUCCUGGCAAGUGAAUGAAGGUUUAGGAGCGAGUUCGGGGUCGAUUGGGUGAAGAUCGGGUGCGAGACAAGUCACAAAGGAGGUCACACGGGCUGCCCUAAUGAUCACACGGCCGUGUGAAGGAGUAGUCUGGCCGUGCGAGUUUCGCCGAGAGCAAACACGGGCAGAGCAGGACAUCCACACGGCCGUGCAAGAGGCCAGUCUGGCCGUGUGGAAUUCUGCGUGAGCAAACACGGUCAAAAAGGAAGUUCACACGGCCGUGCCACUCUGGCCGUGCAAAGAGCCUGGAAUUCAAACUAAUUGGAACGCAGCGUUUUGACUCACACGGGCAACUGGGUAAGCCACACGGCCGUGCCACACUGCCCGUGUGAGUCGGGAUUUUCUGCUUAAAACCCAAUUUUCAGCCAAAGGAGAAGAGGAGAGCUGGGUUUUGGAUCCCAAACACCCAAGGGACGAACCAAAGAGAGAGAGGGCGAUUUGAGGGCAUUCUUGGAGUGGAGUUGGAGGAUUUCUUCGCCUUGGAAGCUCGAGGAACAAGCCCGGACUUGAAGACUGAUCAUCUGAAGAUUCUUACUGCAGUCUCUCUCUUCUCUAUGGAGUAACUUCCCUUCACUUAGGUUUUGAGGAACCCUAGCUAUGUUUGUUUGAUUGGAUGAUUGUAUGAUUACUCUGACUUGAUAAUCUUGAGUUCAUAUUCAAUCUAUGCAUGUUUUCAUGAUUCAAUUCUGCUUUAGUCAAGAUUAUUGAUUCUGCUUUGAUCCUAUGAGAGGGAAUACCUAAUUAGGUCAAUAGAGCACCAUAGAUUGAUAGUAGUGGAUCGAUUGCUUUAGUCGAGGGUUGAUUCACUGCUUUGUAUCGAUUGAGGACCUCUUUCGAUAGAGUGAGUCUAGUUCAGAAUGUCUUGAUCAGUUGUUCUAGAGAAGGAUACGUCCCUCUAGGCAAUUGACUCAAGAGGGCCUUGUUCCUUUAGUCGAGACUCAAGGUCUAGUCAAGGAUUCUCCGCAUUGUGAAUGAAAGUGAAACAAGUUAGAAAUCAUCAAUCGUUAGUCUGGCUAGUGGCUAGGGGGAAUCAUACCUAAGUGAGUUCCCAACCUGUAAUUAGAUUAACUUUAACUGUAGUUUGCUAGAGUAGUUUUAGUUCUUUCAUUUUGAUAUGGUUUGCUAAAUAAUAAACUGAAGCUGAGUAAUAGUAACUCUAGAGACCCGUGGAUUCGAUAUUUAUCACUUGAGCCACUAUACUGCAGUCCCUUCCAUUGGUUACACUUGGCCAUUGUUAGGUGUUGUGUCAUAGCGAGUCAAGUACCAUAAGGACGAAUAUGUGAUCCGUCGCUUUCAAAAUCCAAGGACAAUGGCCUUUCCAAAAAAUCACGCGAAAUCGGACAUGGUACCCCUUUGGAAUCUGCCAAAAAUAGGAAAUAUUCAGCCCGAAAGGGUAUUUAAUAGACUUAUUCAUCCUUAAAGAAUAGCCCAGUCUGAAUAAGUGAUCUGCAACCUUCAAAAUACAUGGAGAACGGGUUUUCAAAAAAAAUCGUAAAAAAACUACCAAAAUGCCCUCCGAAAAAGUUCGACCAAAUUUCUGCCAAAUCGGCGAUUAGGAGACUCAUCAUUGAUGGAGAGUACCCUAAGGACGAAUCAGUGAUCAGUCGCCUUCAAAAUCAGAGGAAAAUGCCUUUCCAAAAAAUCGCCCGAAAUCGGUGAUGGUACCCCUUUGGAAUCGACUAAAAAUGUCCUCGAAAAUAUUCUGCCGAAACGGUGUUUAAUAGUCUUAUUCAUCCCUAAAGAAUAGCCUCAGCCUGAAUCCGUGAUCUGCAGCCUUCAAAAUCCAUGGAAAACGACCUUUUGAAAAAUCACCAAAAUGCCCUUUAAAAAAGUUCGACCAAAAUUCUGCUCAAAAUUGGCGAUUAGUAAACUUAAUCAUCGGUG